AUGCGGUCCAUCUUGGCGGCUUUGCCGUCUGUUCUCUGGCUUCUUUCGAGCACCUGCCAAGCCAAUCCGCUAAAGACUUACGACUUCGGUUCCAGAGUUGCUCAAGAUGCAGACCUCGACACUUUGAACGAGACGCUUUGGCGACGCGUUCGCGUGCCAGGAGGCACAGGUAGCAAUGCCCCUCCUCCAGUUGACCAGAUCUUCUUGUUUGGGCCGAGUAACAUGGCCGGAGGCUGCACAAGCAGAAAAGACGGUCUCCAAGAUUGGGUGGACGACUCCAGACGGAUUCACGAUGCGAUUGAGCAACUCUACGGAAUGGUCACGAAGCCGAGCGUGGCCAAGAUGUGGGAGGCGUUCUUUGGCAUCUUCAUGUGGAUCAACCCCAACACGAACCAAUUCGAAGUACAUCCGGACUCGAGAGACAGGUGGAAUGCCAUUGGAGACCACAUCGCCCGCAUAACCCAGUUUCUGGACGGAAAUGGACUGCGGGAGCCAGUCGUCGCUGGAGAGGUGCCUCGUAUCUACUGCUCUGGGGACGCGGGCCAGCUCGUCGGGUGGGACACAAUUCUGAAAGACGAGAAUGGGAACGAGGUGGAAAGGGGCACUGAUCCGGUGACGGGGCAGAAGCAAUACGUGAGCCUCAGGCAAGUAUACCCGAGCAACGGUCAGUAUGCCUUUUGGAUGGACUCCUUCAAGGGCUACUGGUUUUCGGCCGUCAGGCAAGGGCAGGAUAUCAGCUUGUGCCCAGCUGGAGGCCGCCAGGCUGCAACAGGAAGACCCGCCGUGCCUCCGCUUCGAGGCUUGAAUGUCAAACUCGCGCAGGCGAACAGGGGCAUCAUCGUCUGUCCGAGGGCGUGGCAGCGGACAGUUGGACAGCCCCAUGGACAGCCUUCUCUCCUGCAGGCGGUUGGGGGAGCCAACUACCCCAAGGGCGACGGCAGCACCGGGGAGUUGUUGGAUCGGUUGGCGCCGAUGAGCACGACGCUUUAUCACGAGAUUGUGCAUUUGACCGACUACAACAAGCAGACCUCAAAGCCCGAUCAAUAUGAUUUGAACGCCAUUCUCAGGAUGGCUUACAGCUCCAAUGACGCAGACAAGACGGCCGUCCCUCACAACCCAGAGACGUACGUCUUCUUCGGUAUAGCGGCUUAUGUCUACUUGAAUCCUCCUCAGAGCCAGGACACUGUUUUGUAUGUAGGCGGAAAGUCUGCUACGGAGACUGCUGUUUGGGCUGAGAUUUCGCGGAAGAGGCAGCAGGGUCCUUAAGCUGUGUUGAAGUGUAGGCUU